UGCUCGGUCUCGCGGCUCGCGGUCGGUCGCCUCCCCUCAUCUUUCCUCCUCCGUGCGGGAAGGAAGGCAAGUUCAGACGGAGGCGGAAUCCGACGCCUUCCCCCUCUCGCCGAGCGGCUGCUUCGUCCCUUUUCUUCCUCCUCUUUCGCCGUCAUCGACCCCCGAUCGACGUCGACUCCGACCGUCUCCGACUGUCCCGCGGGCUUCCUCAACGAUUCCACCCGACCGAUCGAUUCGAUUCCAUGGCCGGCUGGAGCAAUUCCACCGGCACCAGCAGCGGCGGCGGCGGCCGAGGAAUAGGAGGAAGAGGCUUCCCGAAUCGCCAAUAUGCUAAUAAUUCCAGUGACAUGAUCCACGGCGGUUCCAGCAGCGGCGGCAGCAGGCGGAGAGACAGGUGGGGAAGGCCACCCCCGCAGUUUUGCUACCGCCCCGUCGAUGCUGCUCAUCGCCAAUCCCAACCCGUAUCUGAACAACAGGCGGCCUCCUCCACUUCCAGUCGUAUCGCACAGCGAACGCAUUCAACCUCAACCACAGACAAGUCAUCCGCGUCCGGCACCGCGGCUCCACCCAGCACCAGGGAGCCUGAUGACAAGGCUAGCCGCAGUGCUGCCAAUUUUGAGUGCAACGUUUGCUUCGACAUGGCCGCUGAACCUGUCGUCACCAAGUGUGGCCAUCUCUUCUGCUGGGAAUGCCUUUAUCAGUGGCUCCAUGUUCACUCCCACCACCGUGAGUGUCCUGUCUGCAAGGGCCAGGUCGCCGAGGACGCGAUCAUUCCCAUUUAUGGGCGUGGUGGCUCUGCAGCCUCUGUGGACAAUGCACCGCCAAGGCCCACCGGAGCCAGAGUCGAGAGCUCCAGGCAGCAGCAGCUGCCAUCUUUCCCUCCCACCUUGCGUUUCGAUGAUGAUGAAGAAGACCCCUUUGAUUUACCAGGCAUGAUGAACUUUGGUUUUGGAGCUACAGCUACCUCACUCAGAGAAGCUGUCAUGAGCUUCAUGCCUCCGAGCGCUGAAGACAUGGAUGACUUUGAUGACUACGCCUAUGAGUACGACACCGAUGACUUUGAUGAGGUCUACGCCUACAAUUGGCUGGGUUUUCCGGUGUUUGCAUCUGCUGGGGCUGAGGCUGGCAAUCCCAGCUCACAGGCAUAUGCCGAUAUGAUCAAUAUUAGGAACAACAUUGUUGGCACUAACGCUGGCAUCUAUCAUCAGCAAGAAGUUCGCUACCCUGGUGCGAACCCUCAUAACAGGGGACGACGUGGCCGCCGGAAUCGCCCGAGGCCAUCAGCAGAUAACUCGAGCACCAAUGGAAUGGUGAUGGGUGGCAGUGGUGCUUUCUAUCACGACAAUGGUGCCAGUUCUAAUUUUACUGCAGGUGCUUCAUCCCGGCCUAACGGUGGCUGGGUUGAGAGAAGAGGAAGAAGCAGCAGGAAUUCAAAUUCAGUUGGUGGAAGAGGAGGGAUGCAGGAUAGCAGAAGACAAAGGACAAAUUACAAUUGAUGAUUAUAUUCAAUCGGCCUCAAUGUAGAAGUGUUGACAUAAACAAACAAAAUUUUCAAUCCUCCUUUUUUUUUUGUUUCUCUCCCUUCAUCCUUUUGUAGUCCGUGGCUAUGUGCAGCCUUACAUAUUGGACAUAGUUUCUCUCUUUUUUACCUGAUGGAAUGUGUGGUUGACUAGCUGAAAUACUCUGCUUGGUUGGUGUUAGGGCCUGUUUGUUUCCUUCAUAGUACCCAGCUUAAAUAAUCAGGUAAGAGGCAAACAAACUGAAGCUUAUGGCAUUGGACUAGUUAGUACAUCUGAUACGCUAGACUGAAGCUUAUGGCAUUGGACUAGUUACCCGUCUUGCUGAGCUGUUGGCUCUGCAGUGCAGGCAAAUAUUGUAGCAGGCGGCAACGCUGGUAUUUUCUGCUCAAUUCGAUGAGGAAACAUGACAAUUCAGAUACCUUUUCGUCAUGAUUGGAAUAAGAACCAGUUGAUUUCUUUUUUGUAGGCAUAUAUUGAGGUCAAUUCAAAAGUUUGGAGAUGAAUAAAUGUUGCAAAGUUAUCUGGACAGCAUCACAAAACCUUGGAAUGGUAGGUUUAGUUUUUUUUUUUUGAAAAGAAGGUAGGUUUAGUUUUGUCGUCUGAUUCUUAAGAAGGUAGGUUUAGUUUUGUUGUCUGAUUCUUAGUUCUCUUCUUCUGCCGCAGAAGUACGAAUACAUUAUACUUUUGCAAUUGAUGAUAAUAUUUGGUCGGUCUCAAUGUAGUAGUGUUGACGUAAACAAAGUUUUCAAUCCUCUUUUUUUUUUCUCUCUCUCCCUUCAUCCUUUUGUAGUCCGUGGCUAUGUGCAGCCUUGGUAAACAUAUUGGACAUAGUUUCUCUCUUUUUUACCUGAUGGAAUGUGUGGUUGACUA